AUCAGAAAGGAAUCGAAGGCUAGAUUAGUUGCCCAACAAAAAUGUAAAGUUCAUGUCUCAUAUGUCUUGAUAUGCAAUUUAACGAUAAUCUUUUAUCGACAGAAAUUAUAAUGAUGCUUUAAAUCGAAAAGCAUUGAACUCACUAAAAAUAAUCUAAAUAGCUUUCCUCAUUUCUCCGUGUAGUCACGCAUUAGGAUUUCUGCUAGCGUGUACGCACACGCACAUUUCAUUCACACUUUUACUCAGUUUGUUUGCAACCACGAGCAGCUGUCACGGCAAAAUCAAAUGGGAUUGUUUGCAACCACGAACCGUGCGUUCGUGUUGGUGAGAAAUGUCGGUAAGACCCUAAUUGUUGCUGUAUACCUGAGAUCUGUAUACUUAUGACAACAGAUAUAGCUUGAACGGAAUGCCAUGGAAAACACUUGCAAUUUCUGUGCCUAUAAAGACCAACAUGUUGUGGAACUCACUGAAAGCCCAAUCGUGCACGAACUAUCUAUUCUGGACAUAGCAGCAAAACAUUUCUGGUUCACUAACAAUGAACUUAAAUCGUUUUACAUCUGUGACUCCUGUCGGAACAAGCUGCUGGAAUUCCAUCAGUUCUAUAACCAAGUGGAAAAAAUAUACUCUGCUGAUCCUGAAGCUGACCAAAUCAAAUUAGAACCGAAUGCGGUUGAGACUGAUGCGAAUCAUACUGAGAUAGAUAUCACCAAUAUCAAAUUGGAAACGAACGAUAACGAUGACAAACAAGUUAUCGAAACCGACGUUGGAAGCGAUGGCCCCGAAGAAAACGACUGUCCUGAAAUGGACAAUAAGGAAGGUUUAGCAAAAGGAUUCUACCGUCGGGUUUCCGAUGAGGAUAUUCGUCUCUUCUGUCAGCUAAAGUGCCAAAUCUGCUCCGAAGAAUUCGACAAUUUUGCCAUCCUAAAGCUUCACUCCCACAAAGUCCACAACAAGAAGAGCUUCGUGGACUGCUGUGGCAAUCGGUACCGUGAAAUCGCCCGCCUGCAGGAGCACAUUCUUCUCCACAUCGAUCCGAGCAUUUUUCGCUGCAAAGUGUGUGACCUGGCUGUAAGUUCGCGGCGCAGUCUAUUACGGCACCGGGACCGUGUGCACUUAUCGGAAAACGUCAAACCAUUCCAGUGCAAGAUGUGCCCCAAACGGUACGCCAAACAGUACCUGUUGAAUGUCCAUUUGAAGUACAGUCACCUAACAAAAAACAGAAUCAAACGAAUCGUAGAUCAUCAAUGCUUGCACUGUUCGAAGGAGUUCAAAUUACAAAAGGCGCUUGCGAACCAUCUUCAAAAAGUUCACCAUGUGGAUCAAAAUCAGUUCAUUUGUGGAUAAUGAUUUGUGCUUUUAUAAAGUAAAUGUUAUUAUUUGAAGUAACUGCAAACUAUUCUCAUGAUUAUCGUUAUUUUAAGCAACAGUGAUUAUGUACACCAGAAGGCUGCUUUUUAUCCGGAUAGAUAUUUAAUUAAUUUUUCAGUA